AUGACUACAGCACUUCGGAUCCUACAAUACGGCGUGCCUGCUGAUGCUGUAGACGAGUACAUUAGAAUCGACGAAAAUACUGCAAUUGCCACCUUAAAUUUUUUUACUAGAUCAAUUGUUGCUACCUAUGAAGCCGUUUACUUAAGAUCUCCAAAUGAAGCAGAUGUUGCCAGAUUAUUGCAAGAGGGAGAGCAACGCGAGUUUACUGGAAUAUUAGGGAGUUUGGAAUGUAUGCACUGGCGUUGGGAUAAAUGUUCAACUGCCCAAGCCGGUGCUUACACUGGACACUAUCACAAGCCAACAGUUGUACUCGAGGCAGUUGCCUCCUAUGACUUGUGGAUUUGGCAUGUCUUCUUUGACAUGCUUGGCUCUCUAAAUGAUAUUACUGUUCUUGACAGGUCGCCUUUAUUUGCUGAAUUAAUUAGAGGAUGUGCCCCUACUGCCAACUACACCAUCAAUAAUCACGCGUACACCAUGGGAUAUUAUCUUGCUGAUGGUAUCUAUCCUCGUUGGGCUCUUUUAUACACUGAGGCAUCACCAUCCAUGUAUAUACAUCUAGAAUGA